UAUUACCAAAUCAAAAAAAAAAAAAAAAAAGCACAAACCAAAUGCUCCUCUUUAAACUACCAGCAUGUGCAACAAAACCCUCACUAUUCUCCGCUCUCAUCAAGAGCACCCCAUUAACAAAUACCUUCACUUGCUUCGACAAGGACUCUCCCCUAAUCAGCACACGUACCCAUCACUCCUCAAAUCCCUCUCCACCUCCCAAACCCAGCACCCAUCUCAAGUCCAUUCUCACAUUUUCAAAUUCGGGUUUGAUUCGGACACGUUCAUUAGCAACUCUCUGCUCUCAAGCUAUUCUAAAUUUGGUGAUCUGGCCAAUGCCCAUCAGCUGUUCGAUGAAAUGCGUCAGAGAGAUUCCAUCUCUUGGACCUCUAUGAUUCGUGGGUGUGUGAAGAAUGGUAUGCCCAAUGAUGGGCUACGCUUGUUUUAUGAGAUGAGGAGUUUCGGUGUCGAAAUUGACGGGGUGAUCGUCGUGAGUGUUCUCAAUGGGUGUGGAAUGGUUGGAAAUGUUCGCUUGGGCCAAUGUGUUCAUGGCUCGUAUGUAGAAUGUGGGAGAGUGAGGUGGGAUUUAUAUAUAGCAAGUGCCUUAAUUGAUAUGUAUGCUAAAUGCGGUGAUUGUGAUGGUGCGAGAAGAGUGUUUGAUGAAAUGCCCUGUAGAAAUGUUGUCUCGUGGACUUCGUUGGUCUCUGGGUACAUACAAUGCGCAAGGUUUCAAGACUCUGUGUUGGUCUUUAAUGGCAUGCUUUUUGAAGGUCUUGAACCGAAUCUGAUGACGUUGACUAGCGUUCUGACUGCAUGUGGUCAUCUAGGAGCAUUGGAACAAGGGAGAUGGGUUCAUCGUUACAUCAACAGGAACGGUCUGGUAUUGAAUUCUAUUGUUGGGACGGCAUUGAUUGAUAUGUAUGCAAAGUGUGGAUGCAUAGAUGAUGCUUUCAAAGUUUUUAACGGUUUGUCACAGAAAAAUGUAUACACAUGGACUGCCUUGAUCAAUGGUUUGGCGAUGCACGGGCUUCCAUUCCAAGCUUUGGAUCUGUUCUCUCGCAUGUUGAAGGAAGGAAUUAGACCAAAUGGUGUCACAUUCUUAGCUGUUCUAUGUGCAUGUUCCCAUGGGGGUCUUGUGGAUCAAGGGAAAAUGUACUUCAAUCAAAUGCUUGAACAUUAUGAGAUCAAACCAAAAUUAGAGCACAUAAUGAAGCUUUGGAGCUAA